AUGCUUCGUAAGGUUACCGUUCUCACUGCGUCUUUGGGCGCUAUUUCAGGCGUGACUGCCAUCCCUCUUGCUGCCCCCGAACCCGCCCCGAAGGCUGAGGCAGUUGCGGCAGACUACGGGUAUCAAGCUCCUCCUCCACCAACUCACUGGGUGCCAAAGGCAUACCAACCCUCGGGGCACCCAAAGGAAUACAAACCAUACCAGGUUGGUAAACACAAGCCGGAGCACAAGAAGGAACGAGGCCAUAAGGAGGAGCGCGGACGCUCCCGCUCCAAGUCUCGGUCUCAGUCUCGGUCUCGAUCCCGCUCGCACUCGCACUCACGCUCCCGCUCCCCGCACCACUAUGCACCGGCGCCAAAGGGAUACAAAUCAUACCAAAUCAAAAAGCGCGGUCCGGAGCCAAAUCCAGAGCCUGGGCAUAAGGAGCACCGUGGACGUGGGCGCUCCCGCUCUAAAUCACGAUCACGAUCACGAUCACACUCCCGCUCCAAAUCACACUCACGAUCACGAUCCCGCUCGCACUCACGCCCCCGCCCCCCACACCACUAUGCACCGGCGCCAAAGGGAUAUAAAUCAUACCUAGUGAAGAAGCGCGGUCCGGAACCAAAUCCAGCACCAGGGUAUAAGGAAAACCGUGGACGCUCCCGAUCGCGCUCCAAAUCGCGCUCCCGAUCCCGCUCCCGAUCCAAGUCGCACUCUCGAUCGCGUUCCCGAUCCCCACACCAGCACGCAUUGGCACCGAAGGGAUACAAAUCAUACCAAGUCAAAGGCCACAAAAGCGAGCCAAAGCCAAAGCCAGAGAAGAAGAAACAUCGCGGACACUCCCGCUCCCGCUCCCGCUCCCGUUCCCGCUCACAUUCUCGCCCACGCCACCCAUCGCCCUCCCCAAAAGGAUACGGAUCUUACUACUAG